ACAAUAGCAGCUCUCUGAUAUCUCUGAGGGAGUGUUCUACUGUCCAUGACUUGUUAUUAUGAAUGUUGUAAAAUGGGUGGGGCUGCUGAACAUGGAAGUGUCUUCAUGAGACAAUGUUGAAAGUUGUUCGCUCGUUUCUUGGUCGUCCACUAGUGGAACCAUCACCUCGUUGGGGUCAUUUCUCUACUGUAGCUGACGGACGCCAUUACAUGUGGAGGGGAAGAGGUCUAGGAUGGAGGUAUAACAUCAUUGCUGUGUGUGAUCCAAGCACUGAGCUGUGGAGCCUCUUGCCCACCACUGGACCUCUACCCCCUGGAGAGUAUGGUGGUUGCUCUGUUUAUGUAGGUCGUUGCCUGUUCACCUUUGGUGGUAGUGAUGGGUCUUCUUACUUCAAUGACACGAGCAAGCUUGAUCUGGAUACUCUCCAGUGGACCAAAGUUCAAACCUCUGGUAGUCAGCCUAUGAAAAAGGCUGACUGUGGACUUGUCCGUGUGAAUGAGAGAACUCUGUGCUGCUUUGGAGGAGUCGGUAUUCAGGGCCCCACACAACCAGGAGCAACAUUCAUGGGUGGACACACAAACGAGUUCCAUUUCGUUGACACACAAAAUGGUGUCUGGUCGUCCCCUGGGCUCAGAGGAGAGAGACCUCCUCCAUGUUCCCACUUUACCUUCACUAUGGUGGACCAUCACAGGGCAGUCCUCUUUGGAGGGGACCAACCUGAGUAUCGUAGGGUCAAUGAUGUGUACCUGUUUGACUUCAGGACCAUGGAGGUCACUAAGGUGAAGCCAGUACAGGGAGAGCCAUGGCCAGUGGAGAGGUACGGCCAUGCUGCCUGUUGUCUCAACUAUGGCCAGGACUACCCUCAACUACUAGUGUACGGAGGAGAGGAUAAUGACGACAAGACACUGGGGGACAUGUGGACACUUGAUGUUGACACUGGCAAGUGGACAGAGAUGACACCUCCUAGGUCAAUGACACCACGUUACUACCACUCCAUCACUGCCACCAGUCUGGGACCAGGACUCACUGAGGUCCUCGUGUUUGGAGGCCGUUGGAAGUGGCUGGGAGAUGCCACUGCUGAGACCACCAUACUGAGAUUUGAGUUGACUGGACCCUUAGCGUCUGUUGCUGGACCCUCGGCUGGGAAGUGGGCUGUCGUGGAUGUGGCCCACAACGACACUAGAGGCUUUGCCCAGCGACUGAGUGAGAAGAAGAUCAGACAAGUAACUGCUCGUGCCUCAUCAGCAGCGACCACUCCUCUCAAGACCGGGUGA